GUCAUUUUGGCCACCUCUGCGCUACACUGCACAGCAGCUGCACGCUCUCACGUCCAGUGUUUGACAAAACCUCCGUGGUUUGACUGUGCGAGGAGAACGUGUGCGGCGGUAAUGGCUGCCAGGGAGAGUGAGGAAGACAACAAAUGAACCCCUGAGAAACGAUUUUAAGUGAGGACUAGGAUGGUAAGCAGCCAGCCGAAGUACGAGCUGAUCCAGGAGGUGGGGCGUGGCAGUUACGGUGUGGUCUAUGAGGCAGUAGUGAAGCGCACGGGGGCCCGGGUAGCAGUGAAGAAGAUCCGCUGCCACUCUCCGGAGAAUGUGGAGCUGGCCCUGCGGGAAUUCUGGGCCCUUAGCAGCAUUCAAAGCCAGCACCCAAAUGUCAUCCACCUGGAGGAAUGUAUCCUGCAGCGGGACCAGCUUGCCCAGAGGAUGAACCACGGCUCCAGCUCGCCACUCUACCUGGAGUUGGUGGAGACAUCUCUGAAAGGCGAGAUCACAUUCGACCCGUGCUGUGCCUACUAUUUGUGGUUUGUAACGGAUUUCUGUGACGGAGGCGACAUGAAUGCUUACCUGCUGUCCCGCAAGCCAAGCCGCAAGACGAACACCAGCUUCAUGCUGCAGUUGGGCAGCGCCCUGGCCUUCCUGCACCGCAACCAGAUCAUACACCGCGACCUCAAACCGGACAACAUCCUAAUCUCCCAGGCCUGCACGCCGGCCGGUUCGUCUGAGCCCACCCUCAAAGUGGCUGACUUCGGCCUGAGCAAGGUCUGCUCCACCUCUGGGCUCAACCCAGAGGAGCCGGCCAGCGUCAACAAGUGCUUCCUGUCCACAGCUUGUGGAACAGACUUCUACAUGGCCCCGGAGGUCUGGGAAGGCCACUACACGGCCAAGGCAGAUAUCUUCGCCCUGGGAGUGAUUAUCUGGGCCAUGGUGGAGCGCAUCACCUUUGUGGACGUGGAGACUCAGAAGGAGCUGCUGGGGAGCUACGUGCAGCAGGGCUCAGAGAUUGUACCCUUAGGGGAGGCUCUGUUAGAGAACCCAAAGAUGGAGCUGCUAAUCCCCGCCAGGAAAAAGAGCAUGAACAGCCACAUGAAGCAGCUGAUCAGGGAGAUGUUGUCGGCCAACCCCCAGGAACGGCCCGACGCCUUUGAACUGGAGCUUAGACUGGUUCGUAUCGCGUGCAGAGAACUGGACUGGGACACGUGAUGGACAAGCAAACAGCAGCACAGACUCAGCAUUACACCUCAUCAGCUACUGUUAAUCUAGGUGGUCACAUAACAGGGGAUUAUUGUUUUGUUUUUUUUAACAAGGAAACAAUAAGUAGAGCAGUCAUUGUGUGUACCAUGGCUUAAGCUUCGUCCACUGUCCAAGCACACACAGUCCUCUGCUAGCCAUGUCUUUUGUACUGAAGGGGAGAGGUGUGACAUCCAACGUUGCUGCUGCCGCCACAGACUGCAGCUUAGUCUCAGGCUAAUCGCAUCACAGCUUCCAUUUCCUCCUGACAAAAUCACUUGAGCGUGAUGGAUGCGCAAAAUGACCCCAAAAGCCCCAGAUUCAAUUAGAAGCGAAAGUCAAAGUAAAGCAGUUUGUGUACAAAUACUAUCCUGGACUUGGUGCUAAUUGUUACGAAAUGCAAUAUGAGACAUUAUCCUGUGAUCAUUACAGCGUACAUUUCUCCAAAGGGCCAGUGUUAAAACAGUCACCUCAGUAUGUGGAAUGUUCUGUCACUUUGACUGAAGCUGACUUGCAAACUGAUUUCAGCCUGGUACAUGAUCACCAGCACUGAUAUUUACAUCAAGAUUUGAUCCUGUUUUGGCAUCAAAUGCAGAUAUGCCCUGAAUGCUCAGGUAAUAAAAACAUGCAGCAUGA